UCAAAUGUCAAUUGUCAUUUGAAUUUUGAAAUUGAAAAAUGAAAAUUGAAAUGAAAAUAAAAUGGAUAUUAGUUUGAUUUGAAGGCGAAAACCCUUUUGUUUAUGUUAUACGUGAUCGUUUAUUUGUAAUAUUCAGAUUACAAUAUAAUAAGUAAUUUGAACUUGGGACGGUUGGAAUGUCUUCUUCCAGCAACAUCUCUCAAUCUGCAUAUUCUCCAUCGGAACCUGAAACUCCUCAAAAUACGCCUAUACCAAAUAGAAUUCUAAAUUUCGACCAAUCUCUAAAUCACAGUGAUCAUGGUCACAGCUUCGAACAAUCAUUGAAAAAUGCCCACAAGGAACUGCACCAAAAGCGGAUACAAUCUCUACGAAAGGAAUUGGACUAUUUAAAAACCACAGAAUGGAAGUUUGAAUAUGACAAGGGAUUUGUCCAAUAGUUUUGGUUUUAUUUCAUUUACAUUUUAUUGCUAAUUUUACUUUUCUUACAUAAAAACUAUAAAAAGCAUACUCUUAUUACUUAAUACAUUUAUAAAUAAUCUCAAUUAUGUUUUCAUACAUAUAUACAUUUCUUAAUUAUCUAUUUGGUAAUAACAAUGAAGAAGAUAGUGACGAUGAGAAGGAAAAAUUCUUGGCAGAGCAACUUUUCUCACUGGAAUUAGAAGCGGAAAAAGAAAGAUCUGUGGAACUGGAAUCAGUGUCAGCCCCAGUUAGAGAAGUGCCUAGAAAUGCUGUGUGUUUCCAAAAAACAGGUCUCAUUACUUAUUGUGGAGAAAAUUAUGUUCUUAUUGAUGGAAUGAUUUACUUUGAAACAAUAGGAAGCAAUAUAAAUGUCGAUGUUAAUGAUAAAGUACUAUAUUUGUGUUACAAAGAUAUAAAUGAUUCAAUGGUGGUUGUCAGAAUUUUAGAAAAUCAGGGGCUUUUUUGGGGUGACGACACAGAGGAAUCUGAAGAAAAGGGUUUUAGUGUAAUAGAACAUAUUCUGGUAGGUCAAGUUGAUUACAGACAAGAUCGGGCAGUUUAUAUGACAGAAGGGGAUUUAAAAUUCAAUUUAGAUGAUGUUGAAGGGACUUUUGUGCCUAUAAAAGGAGAUUAUAUUGAAAUGAAAUGCUCAGUCCAAAAAGAUGAGAACCAUCCAACCAGUAUGUCUACAAAUCAGGUAUUGAAGGUGAUUACUUUUAAUCCUUUAAGGACUAAAAUAAAAAGUGCACUUGUUACUGAUUGGUUUGGCUCAUAUGGUGUUUGUGAUAGGCAAAUUUAUUUCAACAACACUGCCUUGGUGAAUGGUACUCAAUUGACUGUUGGUUCAAAGGUAUUAGUUGAAGCAAUAGAAAGUACGCAAGGCACAUACAACUGGCGAGCUAUAAAAAUAAUAGUGAUUGAUGUUGGAACCCCAAAAAAAACUCAAGUAGACUUACCAGAUGAAGAACAAUUAAGCUUGAACACAGAAUCUGAGAAAAAAAUUGAAAUGACUUACCCUUUAAAAUUUAAACAAGUUAAUCUUCAUAGUACACAAGAAAUUUUAUUAAAUAUUACAAACAAAAGUAAUCAAACUUAUAUUUUAAACAAAUGGAUGGUGCUAGGUAGAAGAAAAGACUCACAAGUGAACAUUAAACCCUUUGUAAAUCAACCAAUAAGAAUAUACCCAGACCAAAAACUUACUUUUUCUAUUACAUGUCAACCAAAAUUUUUAGGAAAUUCAAAAGAAUGCUUUGUUAUUCUAUUUAAAGGGUUCCAACUAAAAAGAUUCAUUGAAAUAGAUGUAGUUGAUGCUAAUACUAUGAACAAUGUCAUAGAUAACAAUAAACCAGUAAGACAAAACAGUUCAAAGAACAUUGAGAGCAUGAGAAAAAUAAUAAGCACUGGCAACUCUUACAUUCCUGGAGAAAAACCAUAUAAAACACCUAAUUUUGUUUUCGUAAAAAUAGGCAUUUAUCCUAUUCCAGGUAAAAUUUGGUCAAUUGUUCUUGGGGAUUCAGAACAGACAAUUUAUACUAAUGAAUUUAAUAAAAUUUUAUCACAUAUUGAAACACAUUUUCCAUGUUUAACACAAGACCUAAAUAUAGGCAAUUAUAAUGAGAGAUGGCAUAUUCUUUUAUACAUGAAUGAAAUUCAAGAAAAUUUAAACAUGAGGGCCUUUGAUAAAAGUAAUGUAUAUUUGACCUUUUGUGAUGAAUUUCUUAGUCUUGAAGUACCAGGACUUGCUGAAAAAAGACCCUCACUGGUAAAAGGAGAUAGAGUUAUAGUGACUGAUACAUUUGGUACUAAUGCACCACAGUAUGAAGGUUUUGUUCAUGCUGUUCGUGGCAAUUUUCUCCUAAUGAAAUUUAACUCUUACUUUCACGAGAGUUAUGGUGGCAGUGAUGUAUCUAUAGAAUUUCAUAUAAAUCGAACAACUUACAGAAGAGCACACCAUGCAAUACAAUUAGCACUAUCUAAUUUAGGCCCAGAUAUUUUAUUUCCGUCCCGACUUAAAUUAAAACCACAACAGUUACCUCAUGAGAACUUAGACAACAUUCAAUGGUAUAAAGACAAUUUAAAUAAACAUCAGAAACAUGCUGUUAUAAAUAUACUCAAGGGUGAAUGUCGGCCAAUGCCGUACAUCAUAUAUGGACCCCCAGGCACUGGAAAGACUGUAACAGUUAUCGAGACUAUUUUACAAAUUUUAAAAUUGGUCCCAGAAAGUAGAAUUUUGGUUGCUACUCCAUCAAACAGUGCCUCUAAUUUGAUAACAGAGAGGCUUUUACAAUAUAAAAGCAAAAUUAGGGGUUCUAUUGUAAGACUCAUUGCAUCUCAUUUGUUGGAUUCAGAUAGUAUACCAGAUAUUAUAAAACCAUAUUGUGCAACUCUGGAUAUAGCAAUAGAAAAUACAUCAAGAAAUAAGCACUUUGUUAGUGAUAACAUUAACGUCAACUGUUCAGAAUCAUUUAUUGGGAGACAUCGUAUCACUAUUGGCACAUGUUAUGGUCUUGGCAUUAUGAAACAUAUAAACUUGCCUCGAGGUCAUUUUACACAUAUAAUUGUAGAUGAGGCUGGACAGGCAACAGAGCCUGAAAUUAUGAUACCAUUAACUUUUACGGAGAAGGAACACGGUCAAAUUAUUCUUGCUGGUGAUCCAAUGCAGUUGGGACCAAUUAUCAUGUCAAAGUAUUGCAAAGAGUUUGGUAUGGAUGAAUCAUUUUUGUGUAGACUUCUUGACACAUUCCCUUACCUUAAAGAUUACGAAGCAUAUGCAGAUGGCUUUGAUAGAAGGCUUGUUACGAAGUUAAAUGAUAAUUAUAGAUCAUUGAAAGAAGUUCUGACAUUACCUAGUGAAAUGUUUUAUGAUGGCACACUUGUUGCGAAAAUAAACCUCAGCAUGACAUGGAUUGAAAAAUUUACAAAUGCAUCUUCUGAAAUAUUUGAUUUGCAAAGUCAUGAAGGAGGAGGUAUUUUCGUGUAUGGCAUUAAGGGAAUUAACAUGAGAGACGAAGAUAGUCCUUCUUGGUACAAUCCACAAGAGGCUUCAAUGGUUGCCUUGACUGUAUGUAAACUUUACAAGAGAAAUUUGACAGCAGAUGAAAUUGGCAUAAUCACUCCAUACAUAGCACAGACAAAAUAUUUACGCGUUAUUUUUGAAUCUAUGGGCUUGCCUCAACCAAAAAUUGGGACAGUUGAAGAUUUUCAAGGACAGGAAAGGCCUAUUAUACUAAUUUCAACUGUGAGAUCAAGUGAGUCAAUCGUAGAAGAUGACAUGAAGUACCACUUGGGUUUUCUAAAAAAUCCAAAAAGGCUAAAUGUUGCCUUAACAAGAGCACAUGUUGCAUCAAUACUUUUCUGCAACCCACAUCUGCUGAAUAAAGAUCCUCUGUGGAACAAAGUUAUUUCUUAUGCAGUCACCAAUGAAAAGUAUAUGGGUUGUGAUCUUCCUACUGAAUAUGAUACUAUUAAAAUUUAAGAUAAAAUGAUUGUAGUAAUAAAGUUAAGUAUUAAAAGUUUAUAAAAAUUAAACGAAA